AUGACGGUAGCCGUUAGGGGCAACGCAGCAAACACCUGGAUCUACGAUACAGGCAGUUCCCACCACCUGACCCCUGAUCUUGAUUCCUUGACCAAUUACCACAAACUUGCACCUCAUGAAUACUACAUCUACGGCACCUCAGAAGGGACUACCGCCACGGCUAAAUCAGCCAGCUACACUACUAUCUACCUAGAAUCCCCGACCGGGAAACCAACAGCGUUAAAGAUCAAGGCAUACUACCAACCGAAUUUAAAAUAUGGCCUCCUUUCAGCAGAUCGCCUCCGUACUGACUUCAACCUCUACGGGACCACCAAAGACCUAACUCUACGAGAUCUAGAUACUGAUCAAACUGCAGGCUAUCUACAGAUAUCGAAGAACAUCACCUUCAUCAGACUUACCGAGCCAAACAGAAUCGCCGCAGCGGCGCCUACCCUCAAUCCCCUACUACUACACCGAAGACUCGGCCAUACGGGAUCCCACAACAUAAAACUGCAAAAUCACGAAAAGUUCGACUGCGAAGCCUGCCGGCUCGCUAAAGCCAAACACCUCGUAUCACGAGACCCUAUCUCACGGACCGCUGAUCCCACAGAACUCUGGCAUACAGAUGUACAAGCAGUGACCCCGACUGGCUACGGCGGGAUCAAAUACUAUCUGAUCAUGAUCAACAACGCCACGCGUUUGACGAGAAUCGCGCUAUUGCAUACAAAGGCUGAAGCCUCGCAGGAACUUAUAAAGAUGAACUCACAACACAAGAAUCUCGUCAGCCGCUACCCUGCAGCCUGACACCUAGACGGUGGCCGAGAAUUUACUCGCUUCAAGUCAUGAGCAACCCACGAAGACCGUGGAAUUCAUAUACAGAUAUCACCACCCCGUACGCCUG